GUCAUCUUCAUCUAUCUGUCAUCCUUUCUGUAAUCCCUGUUCUUUUGCAAAUAAAUACGUUUUACGUUCAGUUUCAGUAAAAACAGUUAGUUUAACUUAGUACAGUACAGGCUUUCUUGAAUAAUUAUUAUUCUUAAUAAUUGAAUUACAUUUAUUCAAUUCUUAGAAAAUGGGUUGUGAUGGUGGAACCAUACCUAAAAGAGAUGAAUUGGUUAGGAUAAAAAAGAAGCCUGAACAGAAAGACAAGGAUUCAGAAUUGUCUUACCGUUGGCGGCACUGUAGCAUAACCCAACAGCCUUUGCAAAAGCCCAUUGUAGCAUGCGGUCUUGGCCGUCUCUACAGUAAAAUAUCUGUUAUCGAGGGACUCCUAGAUCGCUCCAGUUUGCCAGAAACUGCAAGACACAUCAGAAACCUUAAGGAUGUGAAAGAGUUGAUCCUAACACCUAACCCAGCCUUCAAGGAGGGUGCUGAGAAAGGGGACGGUUAUGUCGACAGACAGUGUGCUCCUCACAUCUGCCCUGUCAUCGGUAUUGAGAUGAACGGGAAGUUCAAGUUCUCCUUCAUCUGGUCCUGCGGCUGUGUCAUGUCUGAACGAGCGUUGAAGGAAAUCAAGACCAAAGUCUGCCACAAGUGUCAGAAACCCUUUGGAGAAGAGGAUGUUGUAGUGUUGAAUCCGGAGGGUAACGAUGCUGAUUUGAUGGCUACACGCAUGGAGGCGAGACUAGCAAGAGCUAAACUAGAUAAAAAAUUAAAGAAAGCAGUGAAAGUAGAGCCGGUUGAGGAAACUGUUGUAAAUGCUGAAACUUCAGAAACUAAAUCCCCAGUUGCCGAUUGUGAAAUUAAACCAACCGUGGCUGUGAAAACGGAGAUUUCUGAUAAAGCAGCCGCUACAAGUGGAAAACUCGUAUCCAAACUGCCUAAAGCUGGUACCUCACACAAACGAGGAUCGGACACAAAAAUUGAAGACCCAGACUUCAAGAAAGCCAAGGGAAGUUACAGUGUUGCUAAGGACCCGAAUGCAAGUGACGUUUAUAAGAGUUUGUUCACAUCACAUCAGAAGGCCCAAUCACAAACCAGGGCACACUGGAUUACUUACAAUCCGUUUUAUAAUUAGUCGCCUUAGAUUCAAACUGUUUUGCACGAUUGUGUGGUACAAAUUGUAAAUUUUUAUAUCUAUCAAAUAAAACUUUUACAAAGUA